AGUGACGCGCUGCGUUGCGCUGUGUUCGGUCGACUCUUGAUUAAUGUUGAACACCGCGAGUUUAAUUUACAAUUCAGUGUAAUCAAAUAAUUUAAAGAAUUCAUAAAAAUGUCGAUGCAACCACAUAGCAGAAAACGUGUCUGCUACUACUAUGAUAGCGACAUAGGGAAUUAUUAUUAUGGGCAGGGCCAUCCCAUGAAACCACACCGUAUAAGGAUGACACAUAAUUUACUGUUAAAUUAUGGUCUUUAUCGAAAAAUGGAAAUUUAUCGUCCGCAUAAAGCAACUGCUGAUGAAAUGACCAAGUUCCACAGUGACGAAUACAUCAGAUUCUUGAGAUCAAUUAGGCCAGAUAACAUGACAGAAUAUAAUAAACAAAUGCAGAGAUUUAAUGUUGGAGAGGAUUGUCCUGUAUUUGACGGUUUGUAUGAAUUCUGUCAACUAUCCGCUGGGGGUUCGGUAGCGGCAGCAGUGAAACUGAAUAAGCAAGCUUCUGAAAUUUGCAUCAAUUGGGGUGGAGGUUUACAUCACGCGAAGAAAAGUGAGGCUUCCGGCUUUUGUUAUGUCAAUGAUAUUGUACUUGGCAUUUUGGAACUGCUCAAGUAUCACCAAAGAGUAUUGUAUAUUGACAUUGACGUGCAUCAUGGCGAUGGUGUCGAAGAAGCUUUUUACACAACCGACAGAGUCAUGACCGUUUCCUUCCAUAAAUACGGGGAAUAUUUCCCCGGUACUGGCGAUCUUCGCGAUAUCGGAGCUGGAAAGGGUAAAUAUUACGCGGUUAAUAUUCCAUUGAGAGACGGAAUGGAUGAUGAGAGUUACGAAUCCAUUUUCGUUCCGAUUAUCUCGAAAGUUAUGGAGACCUUCCAGCCGUCGGCGGUUGUUUUACAAUGCGGCGCUGAUUCUCUGACUGGCGACAGAUUAGGAUGUUUCAAUUUAACAGUCCGUGGGCAUGGAAAGUGUGUGGAAUUUGUAAAAAGAUACAAUCUUCCAUUCCUCAUGGUUGGUGGUGGAGGUUACACGAUUAGAAAUGUCUCGAGGUGUUGGACUUUUGAAACGUCGGUUGCUCUAGGAUCGGAAAUUGCUAAUGAACUGCCAUACAACGAUUACUUUGAAUAUUUUGGACCUGAUUUUAAAUUACACAUUAGUCCAUCGAAUAUGUCUAAUCAGAAUACGUCCGAAUAUCUCGAAAAAAUAAAGACGAGGCUCUUUGAAAAUUUGAGAAUGUUGCCGCAUGCACCGGGAGUUCAGGUGCAAACGAUCCCAGAAGAUGGUGCUGUGAUAGACGACUCGGAAUUGGAGGAGAAAGUGAAUCCUGACGAAAGGCUGCCACAGAGGGACAUUGAUAAGAGGAUACAACACGAGAAUGAGUACAGUGACAGUGAAGAUGAGGGUGAAGGUGGCCGAAGGGACAAUAGAACCUUCAAGGGCUCGAGGAAGAGGCCUAGGUUAGAAAAAGGUCAAGAUGGUGUGGACAAUGAUCUCAAGAAAGAUGAUGACAUCAAGUCUGAAGCGAAGGAAAACGAAAAGGACGACAAAUCAAACUCAACGAAUGAUGAAUCGAAAAAAGAUGGUGGUGCAAAUCCCUGAUAAAUGGCCCUAACCACGAGUGACUCACGCUAUUCUUAUUUAAUUUGAAUCGACCUAAAGCGUAAAUGAUAAAAAAAAAAAGAAAAAAGAGAGUACCUGGUGAAUGUGUGUAUGUUUGUGUGUACGUGGCAAGUGAGAAGAGACGAGAAAAACAAGCUUCCGAGAAAAAAACCAUUACGGCUCUCUUUUUAUGAUGUACAGUCUAAAAGAGAUAAUUUUUCUAAAAAAAAAAAAACAAUUUUUCCAACGCACUGAAAAAAAAGGUCUGAUUCGUGAAUGUACAAUGGAACAAAAGACUCUAAUGUACAAGUUAAAAAAAUAACCAACGAUGCUCUUUUUAUUUAUUAUUGUGAACAAUUAGAAAUUAGUAUAAAGAGCGUUCUUUAGUGAUUUUUUUUUGUAUUUUUCGAAUCAAAUGUUGAAAUCAUUUGCUUUCCAUCCCUUAGGUGAAUUUGAUUGAAGUCUGAUAUGUAAUCUAAUUAUUAUUAUUUUUUUUUGUUUGACUAAUUGCAAAGUCAAUUUUUUUGUGGAAUGAGGGGGGAGAUUAAUUUCUGAUAGAUCUCAAUUUUUUCUUCUGUAAAGAAUCGGAUAUUUAGAUUUACAGAUGUAGGACUUUUUUAAAUGUUCAUAUGCAGAUAUCAAUUUGCUGAUAAAUGUAUAAUUGCAAAUAUUAUUUUUUUCUAAAAAUUGUAAAUUUCAUUUAUUAUAAUAAUAUUCAUAAAUAUUAGUAUUUUUUGUCGAGAUUCAUUGACAGAUCUGUUUAAUAUGACUGAACCAUUUAUAUGGGGUUGACGCGCGCAAUUUUUUUUUUUUAAUAUCAUCGAUUAUUUAAUCGACAACAGAUUGUUUAAUUUUUUUUUGUAAAUAUAACGAAAAGUGAUUUUUUUCGCGCAACUAUUCAAUUUUCUUUUUUUAAAAUAUAAAUGUUUGCACAUUGAUUUUUUUUUUCAUGUGUAAGAAGUAUAAUGUAUUUGAGAGAAUGUUAGAUUUAAAAAUGUCUGUCAAUGAGUAAACAUUUUUUUUUUGAGACUAGGUGUAGAUUUUUCAAAUGUACUGUAAGAUUAAAGUUUUUAUGUAUACAUUCUUCGUCUACUAAUCCGAUUCUCUCUCUCUCUCUCUCUUUAAGUGUAAAGUCGAGUUGAAAAUUGAUGUUUUCAAUAUAUGUCCUACUUUUCAUAAUGAGUGUUUAUUAAAAAAAAAAAAAAAAAUUGAAUGGAAUAUAGAAAAAGAAAGCUAAUUAUGUAUUUGCUGUCAAUAUAUAAAAUCGGAUUAGUAUCAUUCAUUGGCGUGUAAGUGAUUGGUCAAAUGUAAGAGAAAAUAACUUGUUAUUAAUUUAACUGUCAUUGAUCGUUCAAAUUAUUGCAUACAGAAAAUUAUAUAAUUUAUGCGUGAAUUUAUUUUUAAUUAAAUUUAAAAUCAGGCAUUGCAUACUUAUAUGUCCUGCAUUCAUCAAUCACUGUUUUUAAAUAUUUAUAAUAAAAAAAAUAAUAAAAUUUACUACAUAAGAA